ACGAUGGCGUGCUGUCUCGAUUUCGAUUAGGAAGGGAAAACCCUCCUCCACCCACUACAUACAUACCCUCCCACCAACCCUUUUCAUUUUUUCUUUUUUCCUUUAUAUUUUAAUUUCUCUGUCUGUGACUAUCUCGUACUUGCACUCAGAAAUAUAAAAAGGCCACCAUUUUCUGAGUUUGGUAUGCUCUUUUGGGCUCUCAGUCUCAGAUUUGCUUGUUUCUGAAGAACUACAGAUAACACAGAAGAUAACCCAUCUGAGCAUAUAUUUCUGCUAAGAUGAGAGGAGCAAGUUUGUGGCAGCUUGGCCAGUCAAUCACCCGGCGUAUUGCUCAGGGUGAUAAGAAGGCUGUAGCUCGUCGAUACUUUGCCUCAGAAGCUGAGCUAAAAAAGACAGUCCUCUAUGACUUCCAUGUUGCAAAUGGCGGUAAGAUGGUGCCUUUCGCUGGAUGGGGAAUGCCUAUUCAGUACAAGGACUCAAUCAUCGAUUCCACCAUAAACUGCAGGCAGAAUGGUAGUCUGUUUGAUGUCUCCCAUAUGUGUGGGCUGAGCCUUAAGGGGAAGGAUUCCAUAUCUUUCCUUGAAAAGCUUGUCAUUGCUGAUGUUGCUUCGCUUGCCCCUGGAACGGGGACACUCACUGUCUUUACAAAUGAGAAGGGAGGGGCAAUUGAUGACUCCGUGAUUACCAAGGUUACUGACGACCACAUAUACCUGGUGGUGAAUGCUGGAUGUAGGGAUAAAGAUCUUGCUCACAUUGAAGAGCAUAUGAAGGCAUUCAAGGCUAAAGGGGGAGAUGUCUCGUGGCACAUCCAUGAUGAGAGAUCUCUUCUAGCUCUCCAGGGUCCUCUUGCUGCCCCAACCCUUCAACACUUGACAAAAGAGGAUUUGAGCAAGUUAUAUUUUGGAGAGUUCCGAAUUUUGGAUAUCAAUGGUGCACACUGCUUUCUUACAAGGACUGGGUACACCGGUGAAGAUGGAUUUGAAAUCUCGGUUCCUGAUGAGAAUGCAGUGGAUCUUGCCAAGGCAAUCUUGGAGAAAUCCGAGGGGAAGGUGAGGCUGACAGGUCUGGGUGCUCGUGACAGUCUCCGACUGGAAGCUGGGUUGUGUUUAUAUGGCAAUGACAUGGAGCAACACACAACACCUGUGGAGGCUGGACUCACAUGGGCCAUAGGGAAGAGAAGAAGGGCAGAGGGCGGCUUUCUUGGCGCUGAGGUAAUACUCAAGCAACUCGAGGAAGGUCCUAAAAUCCGGCGUGCUGGUUUCAUCUCAUCAGGUCCACCUGCUAGAAGCCACAGCGAGAUUCAGAACGAGAAAGGUGAAACCAUUGGGGAAGUCACAAGUGGAGGAUUUAGCCCCUGCCUGAAGAAAAACAUAGCGAUGGGUUACGUGAAGUCUGGAUCACACAAGGCCGGAACCAAAGUUAAGAUCAUUGUCCGAGGAAAGGCUUAUGAUGGAGCUGUCACGAAAAUGCCUUUCGUACCUACAAAAUACUACAAGCCAACAUAAUUCAAGCGUGGUACAUCAUCAACGGGUUUCUAUUCGGUUUCCCUUUUGAUUUCUUGAUAAAACUUGACUGUUUCUGUCAAUGCCAAUUUCCAUUUUCCACUUGCUUAUGAAUCUGGAGUGAAAUGGAAUACAUUUUUAUCUUCAAGGUAACAUAUUUACA